AUGAUAUUACCUCCAUCAGAUUAAAUACUUCAUUCAGUCCAAUCGAAACAAUGGUUCAAUUCUCGAUGUCAACCAAAAGCUAAAAUGCAGUAUUUGAAGUCAUAACGUGAAAUUAUGAAUGAUAAUGUAGUCACUCAUACAUUUCGUUUAAUCGAUAAGGAUUAAUCAAAAACCCUUGAAAUUGAGGAGUUGUACUCCAUGUUUCUCAAGAAUGGUUAUCCAAUCAACAUCAAUUUGCUUAGGGGCUUUUUUGAGAAAGCAGACAAAGAUAAUAACAAAUCAAUUGAAUUGGAAGAAUUUAAACAUGUGAUGUAUGAUGAAUAAGCCACGCAAUCAUUUAGAGAAAUGAUGAGAAAAAUGAGAGAAUAAGCCAAAGAAUCCAAUUAUUAUUCUACUGACUUUGUUAGAUUGUUGAGAUAUCUCUCCUAUUGUCAAGAUAGAAAUGCUCUGCAGUUCUAAAUUAAUAAUCACAGACUAACAGUGGAAAAGAGAUCAAAACUAUUGUCUUAAUUAAUUUAGCUCAACCAUCAAUUCAAUUAAGAUUAACAAAUUACUGAUGAAUAGUUACAAGUCAAACCAUACAAGAAAUAGACCACUGAAAAGAAAACAUUACCACCUAUAAAUUAACAUUAUGUUGGCAAUUCAAAUCCCUCAUCCAUGAUUCAAUCCUAACUUAAAUUGAACUUAAGUGAUGUUCAUAAGAAUUCAUCCUUAUUCCUGCCACCUUAUGUAUCCCCUCAAAAUACAGAUAGAAAUAUCAAGUAACCCGGUCACAAAUAUCAAAGUUACCUUAGAAUUAAUAAUAAAAUAUUUAGUAACAAUAAAAAAUGAAUAUCUUAUUGGCUUUACUUAUUUUAUAUACUUUUAAAGAUUUACAC